AUGUCUACAAUCACGCCCAAUGCACUCCAAAGCGAGCGACCCCCCACUAUCCCCAAUUCUUUCAAUGCCAAUCAGCCACCCACUAUCCGUCUCUACCCUCUCUCAAACUACACGUUCGGUGUCAAGGAGACCCAGCCUGAGGAGGACCCCAGUGUGAUCGCCCGACUCGAGCGCCUGAACGACCACUACGAGAAACAUGGAAUGCGCCGGACUUGCGAAGGCAUCCUGGUGUGCCACGAGCACAACCACCCACACAUUCUAAUGCUCCAGAUUGCCAAUGCUUUCUUCAAGCUGCCUGGCGACUACCUCCAUCCCGAAGAUGACGAGAUUGAGGGAUUCAAGCGCCGCCUCGAUGAGCGCCUUGCACCAGUCGGCAGCCUGGGCGAAGGCAACAAGGCCGCCGACUGGGAAAUUGGCGACUGCCUUGCGCAGUGGUGGCGCCCCAACACCGAGACCUUCAUGUACCCUUUCGUCCCUGCCCAUAUCACACGGCCCAAGGAGUGCAAGAAGCUCUACUUGAUCCAGCUUCCUGAGACCAAAGUCCUCUCCGUUCCCAAGAACAUGAAACUCCUCGCCGUGCCCCUAUUCGAGCUCUACGACAACACCCAGCGCUACGGACCCCAACUUUCUGCCAUCCCCCACUUGCUCAGCAGAUACAACUUUGAGUUUGUCAACGAGGACGGGGAGGUUGUCGCUCAGACUCCUACUGCCGGCCAAGAGAACCACGCCUCCAAGACUCGGGUUCUGGCUGGUGGCAACGAGGAUGUUGACAUGAAGACUGAUGAGGACCAGAAGUGGGAUGAGAAGAAACAGGAGAAUGGCGCCAAUUAG